AUGGCGGUUUUACAUCAAAUUUUAUUUAUUAAUAUUAAAAAUGAAAUAUUUGAUGAAAGUGAUUCAAUUAAAGAAGAAAAUAUUAAAACAGAGACGGAGGAUCAUGAAGCAAUUAAAAAAGAAAUAGAUGAAGAAAAUGUUACAACUAAACACGAAGGGAACGAACUUGAAGAUCAAUUAAAUGCAGAAUUUAUAAUAAAGGAUGAAAAACUUGAUGAAAAUGAUUUAGAACAGCAAUCAAUUCAAAAUGAAAACAAGAAAUUUUUAUGCGAAAUUUGUAAUAAAGCAUUUACUUGCAAACAGAGUUUAAUUAUACAUAAACGAAUUCAUUCCGGAGAAAAACCAUUUUCUUGUGAAAUUUGUAAGAAAUCAUUUACCCAGCAAAGCAGUUUAACAACACAUAAACGGACUCAUUCUGGAGAAAAACCAUUUUCUUGUGAAGUUUGUCAUAAAACUUUUAUUACGCAAAGCAAUUUAAAUACUCAUAAACGAUAUCAUACCGGAGAAAAACCAUUUUCUUGUGUAAUUUGUCAUAAAGCAUUUAUUUAUAAACGCGCGUUAAUUGAACAUCAAGUAACUCAUACUGGUGAAAAACCAUUUUCAUGUGAAAAUUGUGAUAAAGCAUUUAUUCAUAAACAUGCGUUAAUUGUACAUAAACGAACUCAUUCUGGAGAAAAACCAUUUUCUUGUGACGUUUGUAAUAAAUCAUUUACUCAGCAAAGUAGUUUAAAAACACAUAAACGAACUCAUUCUGGAGAAAAACCAUUUUACUGUCAAAUUUGUAAUAAAAGGUUUCUUCAUGAACACAAUUUAAUUGUACAUGAACGAAUUCAUACUGAAGAAAAUAUUAAAGUUGAAGAAGAACUAAAUAUAGAAUUAUUAGUUGUUAAAAAUGAAAUAUUUGAAGACAUUGACAUUGACAGCGAUACAUUGGAAAAUCAAGAUGGACGCAAAAUUAAAAAUGAAAUUCAAGAAAACAGCAACGAUGCAGCUACAAUCGAAGAAAUACAAGUGAAAAAUGAAUGGAUUCAUGAAAAUGAUAACCAAGUGAAUUAUGAAAAUAUUAAAAUGUUUUCUCAACAAAGUAGUUUAAUUAUACAUAAACUAAUUCAUAGUGGUGAAAAACCAUUUUCUUGUGAUAUUUGUGAUAAAGCAUUUAAUCAAAAAAGUAAUUUAAUUCAGCAUAAACGUGUUCAUACCGGUGAAAAACGAUUUUCAUGUGAAAUUUGUGAUAAAAAAUUAGCAACACAACGUGCUUUUAUUGAUCAUAAACGAAUUCAUACGGGUGAAAAACCAUUUUCAUGUGAUAUUUGUAAUAGAAAAUUCACGCAACGAAGUACUUUAGUUGAACACAGACGAAUUCAUACCGGUGAAAAACCAUUUUCAUGUGAGGUUUGUGAUAAAGCAUUCAGCCUUAAAAGUACUUUAAUCGCACAUAUUCGAACUCAUACGGGUGAAAAACCAUUUUCUUGUGUUAUUUGUAAUAAAUCAUUCGUUACACAAAGUGUGCUAGCUCAACAUCAACGGAUUCAUUCGAGUGAAAAACCAUUUUCUUGUGACGUGUGUGAUAAAACAUUUAAGAUUAAAAAAACUUUAAAUCUACAUAAACGAAUUCAUACCGGGGAAAAACCAUUUUCAUGUGAUUAUUGUGACAAAGUAUUUACACAACGAAGUACUUUAAUUAAACAUAAACUGAUUCACAGCAAAGAAAAAUCAUUUUCUUGUGAUAUUUGUGAUAAAGCAUUUCAUCGUAAAGAUAAUUUAGUUACACAUAAAUGGAUUCAUAGUGAAGAAAAACCAUUUUCCUGUGAUGUUUGUAAUAAAAAAUUUAACUCAAAGAGUAAUUUAGGUGAGCACAAACGGAUUCAUAGUGAAGACAGACCAUUUUCAUGUAAUGUUUGUGAUGAAAAUUUUAAGACAUCGAGUACUUUAAAUAAACAUAAACGGGUUCAUAGCAAAGAAAAACUUUAAAAAAGAAGAAAUUUUGAAAAACUUCAACAAGAAGAAGGGUGCUUACUAAAGUUUACACAACAGUGCACACAACUACACUGAGCACACUGUGCACACUGUGCAGAGCGAGCGAGUGAGCGAAUGAGCGAGUAAUGGUUGAGUUUAUUAUUUCUAACAAGUAAAUAUUUUGGCAAUGGCCAUUAAGCCAUUAAAGCCAUCAACAAAAAAUAAAAAUAUACAUUUCAAAGUAAAAAUUAAAUAAAACU